AUGGCCGACAACACCGGCCGCACACAGAUGGCGUUGUUACCGGCCUUCCCGGCCCCAGAUCAAAUCGCUGGAACGGUCGAAAAAGCCAGCAGCACCCAGGCCGAUGUUCGAGCUCCGCCGACCAAUAACAAAUCAAGCUCACGUCGGUCUGGGGUUUGGUCUGGCUCUCCGGCACAGCAACAAUUGAACCACUUCGGUUUACCGUUCGGUCUAGCUCCGGCGACUGCACCCAGGCCGAUGUUCGAGCUCCGGCAAUCAAUAACAAUCAAGCUCACGUCGGUCUGGGGUUUGGUCCGGCUCCGGCUGCUGCAGCGACACCAAGGACGAAGAGCAUUCCGCCGGGUAGACUUCACCGACCACAUCGACGAGCACAAUCUCUUCUUCCCUAAAUCCCCGCAGCUCGCGAUCUAA